AUGGAUCGUCAGAACGAAUCAUCAGGCGCAGAGGUGCACCAGUUGCCUCCCCCCGAAGAAUCGAAAGAAAAUGAAAAGGAUCUCGAACAUAAGGCUCUUAAAGCACAAUUAGAAAAAAUAUUUGAACCUUUUGAUAAAACAGGCCUUGGAAGGAUCGUUUCCAAAGAUCUUUUUAAAAUGAUCGAGCGCUUUGAAAAUGAACAAAAAGUCAUUUUAUUAAAGGAUGAUGCCAGACCUGUCUUUCAAAUGUUUUGCGAACAAAACCCAGAUAUGGAGGUAUCUAUUGAUGAUGUUCUCCAACUCGUAACUAGGCUUCAAACACCUGGUCAGCUUGCCCCAGCAACCCCAGCUAGUUCUUCCGUCUCCACGGAUCCGACCAGUUCCAGGAGAUCGAUGAUCAAGUUAGGGUCACUUCGUUCUUCAGUUCGAUCUUCGGUUGGGUACGGAAAAAACAAUAGACCUAAUCUCAGGAAUAGAGAACCAGCAAUUGCUUCCUCGGAAAAUGAUGCAAAAGAAAGUUAUGAUGUUUCAAUCAAUAGCACGGGCACCACUCGUUCAAGAAGAUUAUCUUCGGGUUAUUAUGCAAAGCCGUUUUACAAUCCCACCGAGGAGCUUACUGAGACGUCAUUUGAAGGUAACGGUGGAUUUGAUGAAUCAGUUUCCCAACUAUUACUGUCGACAACCGACGAUCCCGCUGCCCAACUCAGCCGUUUGUAUCGUUAUACUGUCGACCUUACCAAACGACUCAAAGAUUCAGAAAAUCAUCUAGCAUCCGUGGCUCGGCAACAUGAGGAUCGUAUUGAGGAACUUCAGCAUAGGUUGGAAGAAACGAAAGCAGAUCUUGUGGCUAAAAAACGAGAGAUUCAAAAUCACAAAAGUAAAGAGAAAACGAACUUGCAUCAAAUUUCUGCUUUGGAAGGAGAAAUCCAAAAGGUGGCAAAGAAUUUAAGCGGACAAAAACAAUUGUAUCAUCAGCUUAAGAAACAGUACGAGGAACGAUGUGAGGAAGCGGAAAAACUUAAAGACCUUGUUAGAAUUAAAGAAGAAGAAUUAGGUACCACACAACGUAAUCUCAACCAAUUUUCACAGGAAGAGAGAAGAUGGGUUGAUGACCGAGAACGUUUGGAGUUAGCGUUGAGCAAGUUGGAACAAGGUGUCGCGGCCGCUCAAGCUUCAGAGAAAGAACUCGAAGAGCAGAAGAACGAGAAUAUGCAUCUCAAAGAAACUAUUGACAAGUUGAAAAUCGAUUUGGAAGAAAUACGGAGCAGUAGAAAUAACAUUAAAAGAUAUCCUUUUUACAUCACUGAUUACAAGCUUAAUGAGUUCGAUGUGGUCGAAGCUGGUACAUACAAGGAUUUACAGACCGAAUUGUUUGAUCAAGCACGUGCUUCCCUUUCGGAAGAACAGCAACCAGGUUCUGAUUCGAAUACUGAUGAUUUUAAUAGGUUAACAAAUAAGGAUUCAAGGCAUCCUAAUGACGCAUCAGAUGGAAAUACAAAUGAUGAACUUCCAAACUCACAAUAUAAUGAUAAUGAACGAUCCCUCGUUGAACAAAGCAGUCGUAAGUCAAACGGUUCUAGGAGCAAUCGACGUUCAUUAAUUCCAAACAAUAAUAGCGGUAUGAUACGUAGUAACCCUACUGCGAACCGGGAAGUUGGUGCUCAAUAUCAAAUAUUAUCAUCAGAACUUGGAGUUCAAUAUGCGUUGAUUGAAGGUCUCAUAAGGACCCGUGAUUACCCUCAUGAUAGGAGAGAGAGACAAAUUCGUAAUAGUGUGGAUGGUGAGAAUAUAGAUCCAAGACAUCAAAGAAUGUCACGACGAAAAAGUAGCAAACGGAGAGCAAAUCUUAUUCCUGAUGCCGAGCCUUCUGAAAAGACCGAUUCACAGGCCGUGCAAUCGUCUAAAGCGUUAGUUCCGUGCAACAAUAACAACAAGUUAAAUGUCGCGCAGAAUAACGUUAUAGUCAACAGUACCGUUACCUUCGCGCUGUAUACAUUGGUUGUCUAUCUCUUUGGCAUAAUCACGUCUGUUUUCGUUCUUGAUAACAACCAGGGCACGAAUAUGUAUAGUGACUGGUUGCCUUACGAAGUUGUUCGCGAUGAACGUUGGACGACACGCUCAAUUGAAAUAAUUUUAUAUUGGAUUGAAACUUUAUUAAGCGAUGGAAACAUGAGAGUACCAACAUAA